CCCGUGGUAUUUUCCGCGAAAACCGUUCACGUUGGAUGACCUACUUUCCAAAAGAACCGUCGACACUGCAAGCCUGCGUUCUACGCAAAGUGGACAUACGGUGUUAUUAUUGUUUUUUUUUUUUUUUUCAUCCGCAAUCGAAAUUAUUCAUUUUCACUUUUUUUUUAUCUCUCCCCUGGUGCGAAAAAAAACAAAAUAAAUACUUAAAUCCGUCCGCCGCGUUCGUCACAACCCUUCGCGUUUUGCCGUCGUAGCCCGUUCCGCCGUCGGGCCGUACAGUGACAACAUCAACAAAAUUGUCGUCGGCCGCCGACGUGUACGCAGAUAAUAUAUUCUGGGUAAAAUAUUUUAUAUUUUUCCGCCGUCAUCCCGGACGGUUGCCGUCCUGUGUCGUGUACCGCCGCGCCAGUGUUCAUAACAAUACCGAUCUUAUACAUGUAUAUAUGCCAGGCGACGUGAAAAACAAGUGCAAGUGAAUGACGAUGGCCUACCGACCUAUAUUGCCGCCGUGGUGGCCGUCCGUCGGAAAUGCCUCGGUGCGAGCAUGACGGCGCAACUGUCGGAGUACGCGACGUCGGGCCCGAUGGCUGGCGACGAGAACGGCGGUGGCAGCAGCAGCAAUGAUAGCGGUGGUGUUGUCGUCGUCGGUGGCUGCAGUGGCGACGAAUCCGCGGCCGAACGACGGGUGGUGAUGAUCGCGUUCAAAAUGGAAAACGAUUGCGAUGAGGAGACGGCCGCCGGACCGUCGCGGGACGACUCGAACUCGGAACCACACGCCAUGGUCGAGCUCGAGCUCGAGCAGCAGCAGCAAUCGCCGCCGUCGUUUUCGUCGGACGGAAAUACAGCUGAUCAAAAGUGCAUGGACCUCAGUAAUUUGAACGAAGAUGAUCAAACAUUCAUUGAAGAUUCAAAGUGCAUGGACUUGAGUCAUUUGAGUGACGAUGAUCCCAAUUUCAUUGAAGGUGGAAACGGCGGCGGAGGAGGAGGAGGCGGAGUGUCCGGCUCCAUGGACGGCCUCCAGCAGUACGUGGCCGUCGGCGGAAACGGCGGCGGUACGCCCGUGUCUGCGGCCGCAGCCGCCGUCAACCCGUCGGCCACUGGUUCCGAGCUGCCCGACACUAAAGAGGGCAUCGAGGAACUGUGUCCCGUAUGCGGUGACAAGGUGUCCGGUUACCAUUACGGUCUGCUCACGUGCGAGUCAUGCAAAGGCUUUUUCAAGCGGACCGUGCAAAACAAAAAGGUGUACACGUGCGUGGCCGAGCGGUCGUGUCACAUCGACAAGACUCAAAGGAAGAGGUGUCCGUUCUGCCGAUUCCAGAAAUGUCUCGAAGUCGGCAUGAAACUCGAAGCCGUCCGAGCCGACAGGAUGCGAGGAGGCCGAAACAAAUUCGGGCCCAUGUACAAACGGGACAGGGCGAGAAAGCUGCAGAUGAUGCGUCAGCGACAGAUGGCCGUGCAGACGUUGCGCGGCGGCGUGGUCACGUCGGCAGGGGCCAACAACCACCACCAAUUCGCCAUGUUGGCCGGCGACGCGGUCACGCUAGGCCAGUACCCCGGUUCCCCCAUAACGUCCUCGGUGUCCAGUUUGCACAUCAAACAGGAAAUUCAGAUUCCCCAGGUGUCUUCGUUGACAUCCUCGCCCGACUCGUCUCCCAGCCCGAUCGCCGUGGCUCUGGGCCAGGCUGGACUCGGGUCUUUGACCACGGGCGCCGGUGGCACCACGUGUGUAGUCAACCAACACUCACAGAUGACGUUGCAAAUCGUGGCUUCGGCCAACGGCAACAACAAUAACAACAACACUAGCAGCAGCAACAACAACAACAAUAGCACGGGCGUGACCAACAUGACCGGUGCAAACGGUGGAGUCCCGCCGUCGCAACACCAGCAACAUCACCAGCAGGCACAACAGCAACAACAGCAACAGCAACAGCAAUCGGUAGUACCGGCCUCGACCUUGUUGUCCGUAAACAAAAUGUGGUCGCCACCGUCGUCGCCUAAGAACUACCUGUUGUCCGCGCACCAGCAGCAACAGCAGCAACACCACGUGCCACAGCAGCAACAGCAGCAACAACAGCAACAGCAGAUGGUGGUGGACGGUGGCGGUAGCUCGUCGACCGCCGCGACUGCUAAUGGUGGCGGCAGCGGCGUCAAAGGCAUGUCGCCCAUGAUCCGGGACUUCGUGCAGGGACUGGACGACCGGGAGUGGCAGAGUUCACUGUUCGGUCUGUUGCAAAACCAGACGUACAACCAGUGCGAGGUCGAUCUCUUCGAACUCAUGUGCAAGGUGCUCGACCAGAAUCUAUUCUCUCAGGUGGACUGGGCGCGGAAUUCGGUGUUCUUCAAAGAUUUAAAGGUGGACGACCAGAUGAAACUGUUGCAGCACUCGUGGUCGGACAUGCUGGUGCUGGAUCAUAUCCACCAGCACAUGCACAACAACCUGGCCAACGAGAUCAUGUUGCACAACGGGCAAAAGUUCGAUCUACUCGCUCUCGGUCUACUUGGCGUCACCACGAUGGCUGAUUGUUUCGCCCAGGUCAUCGAUAGGUUACAGGAGCUCAAGUUUGACGUUGGAGAUUACAUCUGCCUAAAGUUCCUGCUGCUGUUGAACCCCGACGUCAAAGGGAUUGGCAACAGUAAACACGUUCACGAAGGUCACGAGCAAGUGUUGAAGGCUCUCUUGGACUAUUGCAUCACAGCCAACUCUCAAGUACAGGACAAAUUUACCAAAUUGUUGUCCGUACUGCCCGAAAUCCAUCACAUAGCCACCAGGGGCGAGGAGAGUCUGUACUUGAAGCACUGUAGCGGCGGCGCUCCCACGCAGACGUUGCUCAUGGAGAUGCUGCACGCCAAACGAAAAUAACAAAAAUCACACAAGACACACAUACACACACACUACUCACCACCAAAAUAUUAUAUAUUUUAUAACAAUAAUAGCGUAUAUACUAUAUACUGCUGUUAUUAUUAUUAUUAUAAUAAUGAUAAUAUAUUAUUAUUAUUAUAUUUAAAAUAUAUAUAUUUAGAUGUCCACACACAACACACCAUCACCACCACCACCCCUUACACACACACACACACACACACACACACACUCACGCCCACAAAGUCAAAUCGACAUCAUCUGCAAUGCGAAGAACAGACACCACACCGCACGGCACUCCUCGCACUCGUUUACACGGUUGGCCAAAUAUUUUAAAAGACAGACUCCGUCAACGUCUAUUUGAGCGACAGCCACGUUACCAUGACAACUAAAUAAGUUUUGAGUCAUUACAGAGUUACCAACUGAUCUCGUCGACAGCGUCAUUACACACGUACGCGAUGUUGGUCAAAACUACUCGUACACACCACAUACACUGAUGUACACAACAUACACCAAUACACACACAUACACAAAUACACACCACAUAAUUAUUAAUAUUAUUUAUUAUUAAUUAUUUAACUUAUGUUUUUUUUUAUAUAUAUUAUAUUAUAAAUAUAAGAAAAGUAAUCCUUCCGAUGACUAAUGAAAUAAGAGUGUACUAUGUGCGCCCAAAAAAUCCGAUUAUUAUUAUUAUUAACUAUAUAUGUUAUGUUUAUAUAGUGCAUAUUAUAUAUUAUAGCAUAAUGCGUAUGUAUACAUAUAUUUUUAUUAUGAGCGAUAUAGUUUGUAUAUAUUAUAUUAUUAUAAUGAUUUUAAUGCUUAGCUUAGGUAUUUAAUGUUUGGUUACCAAAUCUCAAAAGGCCAGUAAAAGGAGAUGUGCUCAAGGUUUAAAAAUGUUUAAAAAAAGAUUAUAUUAUCUACAAUAUAAUACAAGCCGUUCAGUUCCUAAACACUGUUCCAAUUUUAAAUAAGAUAUUAAUCCGCUAUGUUCGGUUUUCUCCUUCUUUGUAUUAAUUGCAGAUAUUUUGUUCAUGAAAGAUAUAUAUAAGUGAGAACCAUAUGCAAAGAAAGAAUGAUAACAAUAAAUGUGUGUAAAUAUUGCUGUUUACAGUAUUCGUGUGUUUUAUUGUAAAUUGUAUUUUUACUACAAAAUUGUAAACAUGUUAUAAUGAUUUGAACCAAUUUACUAUAUCCGCACACUCAUAUUUUGUUUCUUUACGACGAUUUGUGUAAAAAAAAAUGUUAGUACAUAUACAUAUUUAUUUAUGUAUAUAGUAUUUUUUAAAUAUCAAUUGAAUAAAAAAGAUUAACUACCAUUGCCUCCACAACAAGAGUACAAAAUAUUUUUCUAAAACCAACUCGUUAUCUUUGUUAACCCCACUAGUUUUAGUUUUACCUUUCAAAUUUUUUUUUUUGGGAUAUUUGGGCAUAAAAUCACUGAUUCGGCAUUCGUUUUUUGGAUCUUGUUUUAAAAAAGAAAAACAUUCCGUCUAAAUAAAUUAAAUUUAAAAACAAAUACCUAAAAAUGUUUUAUUUUAUUUUUUCUCCUUGUAGUAGGUGAUGGACAAGUUAGCGUUCGCCUUAUUAUAUUUUAUUUCCUCUACAAGUAUAAUAUAUUAUAAUUAAAGUUAUCAUAUAACAUAUAGAUUCAUAGUUGUUUAGAUUUAGAGAUUUAUUUAUUUAUGCGUGUAUACAUAGAUUUAUGGCAUAUAUUAUUAUUAUUAUUAUUAUAUACCUUUGUGGUUCAUAAUGUUAGGUGUUAAAAAUAUUUAUUUUAAACAAAUAAUAUUGUCGUUAAAAAAAAAAAAACAAUUUUAUGAAACACAAGAAUGAUUGUAUGAAACUAUGAGUUACCGUUAAAUUUUUUUUUGUAAGUAAUAUUACUAUGUACUUGCUCAUUGUUUUUCUUUUUCUUAUCUUUUCUUUUUUUUUUUUUUUAUUCAUCAUUUAUGCUUGUAUUGUUCGUUCGGUUUGUCACAAGCGUGCGCACACAAUAUUCAGACAUCUCAAUAUUAUUUGAUUGUACAAUUAUUCACACGGACUUACGUUCGAUGUGCGUGUGUGUGUGUUACCGCGUUUGCGUUGACGCUUCCCAGCCUCUGUCUUCCUUUACAUACGCGCUUGGGGCAGUGCGGUAACACUGCAAGUCUCUGUCGGUUAAUGUUUUGUUAAUAUAUAUAUAUAUAUAUAUAUAUACAUCGAGAAAAGAAAGAAAAAAAUGUUUGAAUUUCGACCAAAGUACUACAAUGUUUCCAGACAUAUAAUAUCAUAUAUGAUAUUAUUUAACUAACUUUUUUCUCGAAAACUAAUAGUUUAAAAAAAGAUUUAAUCAUAAUUAUUAAAAAAAAAAAAGCGUCCAGGGUUUUCGUAUGAAUUCGUGAUCAAACAUUGUGAUUGAAUAUUUUUUAAAUAAAAUAUAUAAUGUUAUUAAUAAUAAUACAUAUUAUAUAAAUAUAUAUUUUGGAAGUAUAUUUCUUAAUCUAUUUUAAAAGGAAAAUACGUUUUAUUUUUUGAGAUAAUGAAAUAUUUAAGUUUUUAUUAUUGGUUUUAACACUGUUGGUUCUUUUGUUCUCCAUCAUUAUUAUUAUUAUUAUUAUUAUUAUUAUUAUUAAUAUUACUAUUAUAUAAUUGGCAUCAUUAUUAUUAUUAUUAUUAUCAUUAUUGUAUAACUAUAUUUUGACCCUCCCUUAAGGUUUUUUUUUCAACUUUUAACCGCGCUUAGAAUAUAAGCUAUGUAUUUUUAUUUUUUAUCCUUUAGUAUCGUAUUAGUUAUUAAAUGAACAUUUUAUUAUAUAUAUGUAUAUUAUAAAUAAGUUGCGAGAACACGAAAAAUAAAACAUAGAUUAUGUUUCUCGUUGCUUCGGAAUACAAUUAAACACAUAUUUUUAAGAAAUAUGAAAAAAAAAAUCCUGUUACCUCAAUAAAUUCGUUGCGUUUGUACCAUAUAAUAUAUAUAUAUAUUAUAUUAUAAUAUAAAUAACAUAAUUUAUAUAUAGAUAUAAUUUAAGCUAAUAAUAAUUAUUAUUAAAUAAAAAAAAAUAUAAUAAAUACCAUGUUAUUAAGUGUUUUGUGUUUGUAUUAUCUAUUUUUGAUGUAAAUAUAGAUUUACGUUUAAUUUUAUUAUUUAUGCGAUAUUUUUUUUUUCAUUCAGAACACUUGAUUUGUCUCGUUAAGACGUUAUUAUUAUUUUUUUUUAACGAAAUUAAAAAUAAUUUACACGGAUAAUUAAUGGUACAAAUUUGUGGUCGAGAAUGUUUCUAAAACCUGUUACCAGCGUAUUAUUUUUAUUCGUAUUAUUGUAUUGAUCUUAAAAUAUAAUGUUUAUUGAUUACA